UUUAAUUGUUGAAUCGAAGCCGUUAUUUGGAUCACUCAAAGAAGAACACACAAAAAAGAAAGAAAAAAUUACUUGAAUAUAACGAAGCAAAUGAAAAAUAUAUUCGUGGUGACGGAUUUUGGCUAUUCGAUGAUAAAAUAAGAAUUCGCAUGAAGAUUGAAAUAUAUCUGAACGAAAUGUAGGUCUUGGAGCAAACUAAUCGGAGAGACUUGCCAGCAAUUAGGUGUUUCCAUCUUCAAUGAUAAUGUUCAUCGUCAUAUCGAUUACCACCUAGUAGCUUAGUGACCUCUCGAACAGUUCGCAUCAUCCACUUAUGUACUUUUUAGUCGUUGGAAAGUUUUACCUUUGGGAAUUUAACUCAUUUGCUUCCUCGAAAUUUUUAUCAACCUUGAAUCAAAUUUGUACGAAUCAUCAGUUUUAAGGUCACUAAAUGGGUCAAUCUAAUUUAAAUGGAAGGUAGACCUCGUGGAAGAGGAAGUGGUGGAUCAUCAGAACGUUCAACUUCCAGUCGACGAUCAACAUCAAGACCACCGAGAAAUUUUCCAGCCGAAGCUCCAAUUCGAACGAUACCCGAUGGGUUAGUUACGAAAGCCAGUGAAAUCGGUGUACCAGUUCGUCUUUAUAGUAAUCAUUUCCAUCUAAAAACACCAAAAGAUGUAAUAAUUUACGAUUACCACAUCGAUUUUGAGCCGAUUGUUGAAGCCUCCCGACUCCGUGGUAAAUUAGUUUACCAGAACCGUGAACAUUUUAAUAAUUGUUACAUUUUCGAUGGUGGUUCCAAUGUUAAAUCACUACAUCAAAUAGCUGAAACAAUGACUGUUACCGGAGUAAAUCAUAACAAUGAAAAUAUUCAGAUAACAAUUAAACCCACCGGACGAAUUGCCUGGGGCCAUCCAGAGAUGAUGCGUUUCUACAACACUCAAAUGAAACGUAAUUUAGUUCACAUUGGGAUGUCUGCUAUUGGUAGAAAUUUUUUCGACAAAAGUGGUUCUAUUUUUAUACCCGAACAUCGAGUUGAAGUUUGGCCUGGAAUGUUAACCGCAAUAAACGAGCACGAUGAAGGUAUUCUGAUGGUGGCCAAUGUUUUAAAUAAAAUAAUCCGCCGAGAAACUGCUCUCGAUAUUUUGGUCAGAAUCUAUCGAACAGAUAAAAACCAGUUCAAGGAGAAAAGUCGUCGUGAACUUGCCGGUGUUAUUGUUAUGACAAAUUACAACUCGAAAACCUAUCGAAUUGAUGAUGUUAUUUUCGAUAAAAAUCCAAGAACAUAUACUUUUGAGCGAAGAGGUGAGUCGGUUUCACUUCGAGAUUAUUAUCUUGAACAAUAUCAGCAGCAAGUUAAAGAUGAACAUCAACCUUUACUUAUGGUUCGACCAAGUGAUCGUCAGCAACGAGGUGGAAUGAAUAAGAAUAUUAUCCUUAUUCCAGAAUUUUGUCUAAUGACGGGAAUCACUGAGCUAAUGCGAAAUGAUAUGCGAUUUAGAAAGGAGGUUGAUCGCCAUGUUAAAUUAGGUCCAGCGGAGAGAAUGAAAUCUUUAAAGGAUUUCGCCCAAAGGUUGACCUCUCAUCCUAAAGUCAAUGAAGAAAUGAGCCAAUGGAACUUACAAUUGGAUCCUCAACUUGUCCAUCUCACCGGUCGACUUUUGGCUUCGGAGAAAAUUUUGAUGAGCGAUAGAAGCGAUGAAGAUGGUAUUUUAUACGAUCAAAGAAGUGGAUCAUUUGAACAAGAAAUUAGAACAGAGAGAAUGAGAGAGCCCGUUGAUCUGGAAUAUUGGGUAAUCGUAGCACCGAGCAGAGAUAAAUGUCUCAUUACAAGUUAUCAAGAUUCAUUACGUCGAGUUGCUGGUCCAUUGGGGAUCAGAUUAAGUCCUCCCAAGUAUCUGUGGUUAGAUGAUGAUCGAACUGCAACUUAUCUUGAUGUUUGCCGGCGAAUCCCCAGUGAUAAGGUCAAAUUGGUCCAUGUUGUUGUUCCCAAUAACAAUCGUGAGCGUUAUAAUACCAUCAAGCGUUACUUUUGCGUCGACUGUCCUUGUCCAAGUCAAGUGUUAACUAGACGAGUUCUGGAUAAAAAUCAAUUAGCAGUUGCUACAAAAUUGGUUGUACAAAUGUCCGUUAAAAUGGGUGCCAAGGCUUGGGCUUUAGUUAUUCCGCCUAAGAAUGUAAUGAUUGUUGGCUUUAAUACCUAUCGAGAUACAUCCAGGAGAGGUCAUUCUGUUGGAGCUUUCGUUUGUAGUACCAAUAGUGAAACAACUACCUGGUAUUCAAGAGUAGAUUAUCAUCAAAAUAGUGAUGAAAUGUCAAGUAAUUUUGCGACAAAUUUAAAAUUUGGUCUUAAAUCAUGGCAUGCGAUUAACGGUCGUUUCCCUGAGAAAAUAAUAAUCUAUCGUGAUGGUGUUUCCGAAGGACAAAUAGGUCAUAUCUUCAAAACGGAGACUGUAAAAAUACGGGAAAUUUUAGCAGAAAGAGCCGAUCUAGUGAAUACCCAUUGGUGUUUCAUUAUUGUUAACAAGCGAGUCAAUGCUCGAUUCUUUAUGCAACCAGCCAACCUGACUGCUCCAGUGGUCAAUCCAAUAUCUGGAACGAUUAUCGACUCUGUGGUCACUCGUGCUGAGAGAUACGAUUUCUAUUUGGUCAGUCAAUCCGUUAGAUUUGGCACAGUUAAUCCAACAAUGUACAAUAUCAUCGCUGACGAUACAGGAUGGAAACCCAUUCAUCAUCAAUCUUUGGCAUAUAAACUGUGUCAUCUUUAUUACAAUUGGGCAGGAACUAUUUCUGUACCAGCUCCUUGUCAUUACGCUUACAAAUUGGCCUUUCUAAUUGGUACCUGUAUCCACCAAGAACCAAGUCCAUCGCUGGCUAAUAAACUGUACUUCCUGUAACCAAUUGGACGAUGUUAACAGGGCAAACAUUUGCGAAAUUAAUCAACAAUCUACCAAGACGAUCUGAUUCAUCAAUUCACUCAAUUAACUAUCCAGAAUUAAUUAGAAUCAAAGGAAACUACAAUUUUAAUAACAACUAAAUCUUUAUGCAUCUUAAA